AUGGUGUUCCCAGCUACCGAAAUCUUACUGGAGGAGAUCAUAGACAGAACUGUUUGUUCGGCUAAGACCAUUCACAAGCUGGGCAUGAUAAAAUCGAAAAGGUGCCCUCAGCGGAAGAGCAACCAGCCGAAUGGAAAAUCGAGAGCCAGCCACACCAACUCUUGCUUAUUCAUGCACUCCGGGGUUACUCACUUUGGUGAACUGGAGAAUUAUGGGACGUUUGAUCGAUUCAAGUUUGGAGUAAAGAUGAAAGAGAAAAGGGAGAUGGUGGGAACAUCGGGAAACUCUGACGAAAGGCCACAACCGAACAAGAAGAGUCUCAAUGAUAUGUUCCUUCUUCGAAAAAGAGCUCGAUACCGCCGUUGCAAAGAUUUAGUGACUCGCCACCGUGAGCGCGAUCCAAUUGUUAUCCGGCGAUCUAAGGGAGCUCGAUUCCAGCUGAGACUACACCGGGAUGGCGUACCGAGCGGCUGUCAAAUAGCCACCGUCAACAAAAUCGCCAUCAUCAUAGCUACCGUGGAGGAGAAAGGUAGUUCGGUCGCGUUUGCCACCACCAAGGGUUCGAUUCAUGCCACUGCCACAGACGUGUCAAUUGAAGCCGCCGCUAGCGUUGUUCUGCCUAUACGGGUCGUUAGGGCAAGUUCCACUAUCGAUCAGCCACCAAAGCAAAGUGUUAGCAAGGCGGCUCCUCUAGAGGAUCACGUCGACAAGGCAGGGGAAGGCCACUUUCUUGGGCAAUACAUUGUGGUGGUCAAGUACGGAGGGUUUCGAAGAAUCGUAAGGCCGCGCCAACAACCCCAGCUAGCGAUCAUGUCGAUACUUGUGAUACGCCAUCGACCAUAA